GAUCGGUGACGUUGACAGAACAACACGGAAGCCGCAUAACCUAAACCUCAGGUCUUGUUAUUAAUGCAAAAAAUGUUAAUUUUUAACUCGUUUAAGUGCUAAUAUCAUGAAAGUGUAUUGUUCCUAAAUGUUUUAAAGUGCAUCGUCGUUAUGGAAGUGCCUAGCAACAUCAGUUUGGAGUUCCUUGACCUCACCGAUGUGGACGAGUACGAGAGGGAACAUGUCCUCAACACCCUGCACUCCAUACAGGGCCCCACACAGUUCCCCUGGUUCAUUGGGGAGAAAAAACCAACCGGAGAGAAGAGAAAGCAUGUUGCUCCGGAAUCGACACAAUUUCAACCCACAGUCCCCAUAAUAAACCCUCAAACGGGCUUAGUGGAACAGCCGGCCAUCAUAAAUGCCCCACAGCAGUAUUUCCCUAUGCCUCAGUAUUUCCCACCGGCCCCUGCCCCUUUUGUCCCUUACCCUCCCAGUACAGAAUAUACACCUUACCCGAGCUUUCCCAUGAAGGCUCCUGUUUACUACGGGGUGCCCCCUGCACAGCCCAUUUUCAUUACCCAUCCACAACCCACUGAUAUGCCAGGGUACUUUCCUGAAGCAACCCAAAACCCUCCUGUGAGUGAGACAAAGAAGCCACAAUCACCCUUGUCGGCAGACACCCCACCCUUUACCCCCAAAAAUCAGCAAGAAGUGAAAGUUGUCGAAGAACAGCCCAGUGUGGAGCCCCCUAAGAGCGCUUGGGGGGCCAACAAGACCUGGGCGAGCUUGUUUAAUGCCAAAGGGACUGGCGGGAGUGAAAUUAAUGGCUUGGGAAAGGGGUUUCCCGAGCUGGUGAAGGAAACCAACAACAACGAGGCUUGCCCCAUUAAGAACCCUAAGAGGAACAGUUUUGUCGAUCCGGAUUGCUACAGGAUGGGAGAGUUUCUGAUGAACUACACUCUCGACGGUCGUACGAUAAGCCUGCAGCCCCGCGGUUUAAUAAACAAAAGCAACUACUGCUACAUCAACUCGAUCCUGCAGGCCUUAAUCGCUUGCCCGCCCCUCUACAAUUUAUUAAACGGUCUAGCGGACAGCAUAACCUCGAACGCGACAAGAAAACCGACCCCCGUGAUCGACGGCAUGUGCAAGUUCGUCCGCGAGUACAAACAUUUGCCGGCGAACAUGCGGGUUAAUAAUCGCGGCACCGGGGGGGGCAAAAAAGACGCGAAAAAGGAGCAGGGGACGUCGAUAAACACCGACGUCCCCUUCGAGGCCUCCUGGAUCUACAAAAUUCUGAGGGAUUUGCAAACGGGGUUGGUCGAGGGGCGACAGGAGGACGCCGAGGAGUUCUUGGGCUGUCUCCUGAACCAGUUGAGCGACGAGAUGCUCGAGUUGAUUAAAUUAGUGGAGGAUGAAUCCGGGGGUGGCGGAGAGAAGAAGGUCGUAGCAGCGGUUCAGGAGGAGGAGGGAGACAUGUGGCAAGUGAUGGGCACGAAGAAUAAAGGAACCAUCUUGAGGAAAACCGAGUUUGAACGCACCCCCAUCACCGAUAUCUUUGGGGGGGCCCUGAAGUUGAGGAUCCAUAGGACCGGGGGACAGGUCACGGAGAACACGCAGCCUUUUCUCACUUUGCAGCUGAAUAUCGAGAAGUCUCAGAGCGUCAAAGAAGCCCUGGAGGCCCUAACGACCAAACACGAACUGGAAGGUUUGACCUCGUCAAAGACAAACGAACAAGUGGAGGCGUGGCAACAGGUGAUGCUGGACGAGCUCCCGGUGGUCCUGGUGUUGCACCUCAAGUGUUUCGACUACCAGUUAAGCGGUUGCGCCAAGAUCGUGAAGGCCCUGGAGUUCCCCGUGGACCUAAAGAUCGACGGCAAACUGAUUUCCUCGAAAACCGCCAACGCCAAGGAGAAACAGUACAAGUUGUUCGCGGUGGUGUACCACGACGGCAAGGAGGCCACCAAGGGCCACUACGUGACCGACGCGUUCCACGUGGGCUACAGCAGCUGGUUGCGGUACGACGACGCCUCGGUUAAACCGGUGCAGGAGGAGCACGUGCUGAACCCCCAGGGGACCCGGGUGCCCUAUUUGUUGUUUUACAGGCGCUGCGACACCAUCAGGAGCAGAUAGUUUCGGGUUUUAAAGUUGUUUAUAUUAUUAUUAUUAUUAAGUAUUCUACUAUUAUUACUAUAAUUAUUUUAAUAAAUAAAUAUUUGUAUAAAAGGA